UAUUUAUCACCACCCUUAUAAUUUUGCGAUCUUAUUUGAAAAAAAAACCUAAUAUAUUGGCAAGGAAGUAAUAAAAAAUCGCAACAUUAUUAAUAUUUUGAUAAAUGGGACAAAAAAAAUAGUAUAAGGAAAAAUUGGAGGCGGCCAAGUUCGUAGAUGGAAUCAAGCCACCCAGUGGCCUUUAUCAUGAUGGAAAGUCUGGAAGAAAGUCCUACCUUCGAUUACGUCAAAUUCUCUAGAGACACUAAUGUCGCGCCAGCUUCUAACAGUUAUCGCUUGAUUAAGUCGUGGGUAUUGGACAAGAACAAAUUUUCACGCAACAAAUCCAUCAAACUGGAUGGCAAAUCGAGGAGUUGCGAUGAUAACAUUACACCCCUCAAUUGCGCCGCUCCGGUAGAUACCCGUAAAAUAACGGCAUUAGUCCAAACUGGUAUCAAAAAGAAAUCGAAAUCAAAUCGUUCAAAAUCUAAAAACGAAGUGAAUGUAAAUAUAGGUGUCGCAACAACUCCUGAUAAUAAGAAUUCGAGGGAAAUCGUAAAUUCACCGUAUGAUGCAUCUAAUGAUAUAUCUGACGAUGUGAUGACACUGGGCGACUCUUUCAAAAAGAUUGACGUAGACAGGAGGAUGAAUAAACCUUAUUUACUGAGACAUAACAGUGAACAUUCCGAAUUUUUAGAUAAAACUUUACCCAUUGACGCCUCAAAUCCUGCCGUAGCACGCAAUAAAAAAUCGCAUUCACUUCCCUUUCAAAGCGUUAACCAUGAUCUUGAAUCAAAUGACAACUCUUUUGACACCUCUGGACAAUUGAGCGCCAUUAGGAAUAAAGAAAUAACCCCAUCCAACAUCGAGUGGAAAAAUUAUAAUCAUAUGUUGACGAAAGGAGAUAUAAAUGGGCUUAGCCUAUUAAUGGAUAAGCAAAAUUAUAAGCGCAUUAUCGACGAAUUAAGAACCCGAUUGGAAAAAAAGAUGACGGACGAUAAACAGGCGGAACAUGAUCACUUAUAUGAACACUGGAAACAAAAUAAAGGCCACGACCCGUUUGAGCCCGAAAUAAAUUACAAACCUGAUGUGAAUAAUAAUAAUAAUAAUAAUUUUGGUGAAAAAUACCUUUUUAACGCUUAUGAAAAAAUGCCUCAUGAAAGUGAGAAAUCUAUUUACAAUACCGACAUUUUGAAUGAUGUCUUCGAAAGUGGAACUCGAGGCAUUACGAAUGAAAAUAUUUCCAUGGUUCCAUACCCAUCUUCCUACAUGCCCAGACCAAUUUUGUUUUACCAACCCGAUCUUUAUAAAACCCCAAACAUGGCGAAUAUUGCAAUCAAUAAUAAUUAUGCUACGAACGACGAUGUCAUCAAUUUUAAUAACCAUUUACCUUUACCCAGCAUCCCAGCUAUUGAUCUAAAGGAUCCUCCAAAAAUAAACGAUUCAAUUUUGCCCGUUUCAAAGUUUAGCCAAAGUAACGAUGUUAUCGAUGCCAGUAAGCAACGAGAUAUUUCGACUAAAAAUAAUGAAGAUCGAUGUCUUGCUACUGAUUCAGUUAAUAACCCAAAUAGAAUUCUCGAUAGCGCGUAUUCCCAAUACAAAUCUCGCAACUUCUUCUCGGCGAACACUAACUUAAUUGGACAGACGUCUUCCGCUUUCAUAAUAAGUGGUUUCCAGGUUUUACCUGACACGAAUAUAGAAACGUUAGAGUCUAUAUGGACAAACUGGAGCGGCGCGGUUUUGUUAAACAAUAUCUCCCCGAAGACCUUUAAAUUGAGGGAGAUGCUCUUGUUUAGAAACAUCCAAAAGUGCCGCAACAAUCAACAAAUUUUACAAGAUAUGACGGAGGAAGAAAAAACUGCGGACACAAUUAAACCUGUACACUCUUUCGUUACUUCGAAUGAGCCAUCGACGGAGAGUACACAUUCGAUGGUUCCUUUAAACGUGGACGACCCUUUUCAAGAUUCGAUAUUUGACGCGUUACAUUUGAGCCAAAGUAUCAUCGAUUUUUAUAAGAAAAGCCAAUGCGCUCCGGUUUCAAACCUUUCAUUCGACAUUCAUCGUCCCGAACCACGGAGGUCAGAAGUGGGUGGAAUAAAGGAGGACCUUUUACAUAAACAGGACAUAGUUUUCUCUUACGUUUUUGUUGCUCAUUUCGAAAAUUUGAUAUCUAAAAUGGUGUCGGCCCUUAAUUUUAUAGAAGAUUUCAAGUUCAAGACUUGCAAGGGAAGCAUCUCGUUGUACAAAACUGUAUCUCAGUUUCAGGAAACCUUCGAAAGAUCAUAGUACCUGAUUUAGAAUUAUCUAGAUAGAAAUAUUAAUCUUUUUGAAAAAGGUUUUUUCGGUGCAAAAAUGUACAUUUAAAAAAAUAAUAAUUAAAUAUAUUUUAGGUGUUUUUAAAGCAAUACUUCUUUCACUUUA